CACAUUUAUACUCUGAGUUCUUAAUUUCUAAAAUAUUCUGGAAGAAAUUCAGCACCAGUGAUCUUAUUCAAGUGUUAAAAAGUUAUUUAAAAAAAAUGCGAUUCCAUAUAUUACUAACAGUUUUGGCAAUCAUUUUCUCCAUUUACUAUACCCAAAGUAAUAUGAUCCCAAAAUCACACAAACAUCCAUCUCAAGAAUUUCCUUUUCGAAACUACUAUGGACGUUUUGAUGAAAGACCAAGUUACAUGCCAUUCCAAAAGAAAUUUCAUGUAGCUAAUAUGUGGGACGAUUUUGACGAAUAAGAAUGAAUGAAAAUGAAAUAUGGAAUUAUUAUACUUUGAGUUAUGGACAUUGAAUGAAAAUUAUAUUUUAUCUUUUAAUGAACUAAAACAUUAAAUAUUCUAAAUAUAUAUCUACCUGCUUGUA